AUGUCUCUACUCACCAAUUACGAGGGGCUCCGGCAUCAGAUAGAGAGGCUGGUGCGGGAAAAUGAGGAGCUAAAGAAGCUGGUGCGGCUCAUUCGGGAGAACCACGAGCUCAAGGCAGCCAUCAAGACUCAGGCGGGCGACCUCGGCAUCACUGCGUUCAGCAGCGGGCUCAGCGAGGUGGCGGCAGGCUCUCCCCCGCACCAGGGUGUCUUCCUGCCCCCGUCCCCAGCAGCAGCCAACGAACCGGCCCUGGAAGAAGUGGGGAUUGUGGCUCUGACACCCCUGGCUGACAUGCUAAGCAGCCCACAGCCCAGCCCUGCACUGGGCUCCGUCGUGAGCCCCCUGACAGGCCCUCUCAACUCGCCGCUGUCAGGCCCAGAGCCUGGGACACAGAGCAGCCCACUCACCAGCCCCCUGACUGGGCCCCUGAGCAGCCACCUGUCCCUCGCGGGGGUGCCUCCUGGGGCCACACUGUCCAGCUCCCUGGGCCUGCCCUCCACCGGCCCCCUGACUCCAAGCAGCCCCCUGGCAGGCCCCCCGGCUGUGUCUCAGACUGGCCCCCUGCUCACCUCCACAGCUGCCCCUCUAGGUGUUUCUCAGAAUGUUCUGGCCAAUCCCAUGAGCAGCCCGGUGCUGUCGGAGGCCCCGAGGGUGCGGCUGGCAGAGCCGCUCCACACAGGCCGCACGGGGCCCCAUUCCUCAGCCGUGGUGGGGCCUGCUGCCACCUGCAAAGUCAAUGACGCCCGGGGUCCACGCACCACGGAAAUGCCUCGGAAAAGCAACCCGGAGUUGGAGCGGAAGCUGACCCACCGCAAGACUAGCAAGUUCCCCAACAACCCCCGAGAGUCGAAGCAGGUGGCCUGGGAUAGACUGGUGGGGGAGAUCGCCUUCCAGCUGGACCGCAGGAUCCUGUCCAGCAUCUUCCCCGAGCGCGUGCGCCUCUACGGCUUCACUGUCUCCAACAUUCCGGAGAAGAUCAUCCAGGCCUCCCUGAACCCCAGUGACCACAAGCUGGACGAGGAGCUGUGCCAGACACUCACUCAGCGCUACGUGAGCAUCAUGAACAGGCUGCAGAGCCUGGGCUACAAUGGGCGGGUGCACCCGGCGCUGACCGAGCAGCUGGUGAAUGCCUACGGCAUCCUGCGUGAGCGGCCCGAGCUGGCCGCGUCCGAGGGUUGCUCCUACACCGUGGACUUUCUGCAGCAAGUGGUGGUGGAGACCGUGCAUCCCAGUAUGCUCAGUGAUGCGCUGCUGCUGCUCUCGUGCCUCAACCAGCUGGCACACGACGAUGGCAAGCCCAUGUUCAUCUGGUGA